GGGUCUCUUGUUAUCAGACAGGACAUUAGCUGCUGGAUGAUCAUAUGAGCCCUUCACAUGAACAUACCUGGACAGAAGUGUCACUGAAACGGACUGCAACGAGACAACAUGGAGUACACAUUCAGAGCUGUAACUCGCAACCCCGGGAUUAUAAUCUGGAGAAUUGAGAAAAUGGAGCUGGUUCAAGUUCCUGAAAAAUCGUAUGGAAAUUUUUACGAGGGCGACUGCUAUGUCCUUCUAUUUACGCAGAAGCUGAAAUCUGCUUUGAGCUACAACAUCCACUACUGGAUUGGCUCCGAGUCCUCUCAGGACGAGCAGGGAGCAGCUGCUGUGUACACCGUCCAGCUUGAUGACUUUUUAGGCUCCUCUCCGGUCCAGUACAGAGAAGUUCAGAACUACGAGUCAGACACUUUCAGGGGCUACUUCAAACAGGGAAUAAUAUAUAAGACGGGGGGCAUUGCAACGGGCAUGAGACACACUGAAACCAACACCUACAACAUUGAGAGGCUGCUUCACGUGAAGGGAAAGAAAAGAGUGGUUGCCAAAGAGGUGGAGAUGAGCUGGAAGAGCUUCAACCUUGGAGAUGUCUUUCUGUUAGACCUUGGAAAAACUAUUGUGCAGUGGAACGGACCAAAGAGCAACAAACAGGAAAGGCUCAAAGGCAUGUUGCUGGCCAAAGAUAUCCGAGACAGAGAGCGAGGAGGCCGAGCAGAGAUCAGAGUGAUCGAGGGGGAUGCAGAAAGCAGCUCUCCUCAGAACAUGGAGCUCAUGAACAGUGUUCUUGGUGAAAGAACCUCGGGCCUGACGGAGGGGAAGCCAGAUGAAGUCGUCGACCAGGAAAUGAAGGCUAACCUCACGCUUUACUGUGUGUCAGAUGAGGACGGUCAGAUGAAGGUUGUGGAGGUCGCAACAAGACCUCUGGUUCAGGAUCUGCUCAACCAUGAUGACUGCUACAUUGUGGACCAAGGUGGGCUGAAGCUUUUCGCAUGGAAGGGAAAGAAAGCAAACAAAGCUGAAAGACAGGCGGCCAUGUCCAGAGCUUUGGACUUCAUCAAAUCAAAGAACUACCCGAUGACCACCAAUGUGGAGUCAGUGAAUGAUGGGGCGGAGUCGGCUGUCUUCCGGCAGCUUUUCCAGAAGUGGACUGUAAAAGAUCAGAGUCAAGGCCUUGGAAAAACAAACACCAGGGGGAAAAUUGCUCAUGUCACACAAGAGAAAUUUGACGCCUCACUGAUGCACACGAUGCCAGAGGUUUCUGCUCAGGAGAGGAUGGUGGACAACGGGACGGGUCAAGUGGAGGUGUGGAGGAUUGAGGAUCUAGAGCUUGUCCCAGUGGACCCAGAAACGUACGGAUACUUCUAUGGAGGAGACUGCUACCUGAUCCUUUACACCUACCAGGUUAACAGCAGGAAGUGCUAUCUACUUUACAUAUGGCAGGGGCGUCAUGCCUCACAGGAUGAGCUGGCUGCCUCUGCGUUUCAGGCUGUGAGCUUGGAUCAAAAGUACAACGACGAACCAGUUCAAGUGAGAGUAACUAUGGGAAAGGAACCGAGACACUUUAUGGCCAUUUUCAAGGGGAAAAUGGUCAUCUUUGAGGGGGGCACCUCUAGAAAAGGCUCCUCUGAACCUGCACCUCCAAUAAGAUUGUUUCAGGUUCGGGGUUUUGACUCAUUUAAUACAAAAACCAUAGAGGUUCCAGCCCUGGCCUCCUCUCUGAACUCCAACGAUGUGUUUCUACUUAACAGCCAGUCAGGAAUUUAUCUGUGGUGUGGAAAGGGUUCAAGCGGGGAUGAGAGAGCCAUGGCGAAAGAGGUGAGCGCUGUGAUCGGUCAGGGCUCGCAAAGAACCUUUGAGGAGAUCGUGGCGGAGGGUCAGGAGCCCGUUGAGUUCUGGGAACUGCUUGGAGGCAAAGCUCCUUAUGCGAAUGACAAAAGGUUGCAGCAGGUGGUCACAGACCACGAGCCACGCCUGUUUGAAUGCUCCAAUAAGACGGGUCGCUUCAUUGUGAGUGAGGUAACUCAGUUCACACAGGAUGACCUCAGCGAGGAUGAUGUCAUGCUGCUGGAUAUAUGGGACCAGUUGAUUCUGUGGAUCGGUAAAGAGGCCAAUGAGGUGGAGCGCAAAGAAGCGGUGAUCACAAGCCAGGAGUACCUGCGCACCCACCCAGGAGACAGAGAUCCAGACACGCCCAUCGUCAUGAUCAAACAGGGGUUCGAGCCGCCCACGUUCACUGGCUGGUUCGCCGCCUGGGAUCCGUCAAAAUGGAGCGGAGGAAAGAGCUACACAGAGCUGAAGGAGGAGCUAGCAGAAGAUGCGGCGCCUGUUAUUGUUAAAGCUGAGGAGAGCAUCGCUGAGAAGGAAAAAAUCUUUCAGACCUUUCCACCAGAUGAACUGAUCAACAAGCAGAGCAGCGAGCUUCCUGAAGGAGUCAAUCCCCGUGAGAAGGAGAAACACCUCGGUGACGCGGACUUCCUCUGUGUAUUCGGGAUCUCCAAAGACGACUUUGUGAGCCUGCCGCAAUGGAAACAACUGAAGCUGAAGAAGGAGAAAGGCCUGUUUUGA